AAGAGACUCUUUUCACCGCUCGUUGGAUAUUCACUUGACCCUUCGCUUCGCAUCCGAUUGAAGCCGUGAUCUUCACAUAACGUUUAAGCAGCUCAGGCAGCAUCGCCCCGUUCAAGAGGAUCCAAAGAGGAGAAAUAGGGGCAUGAUGCGGUGCCUUCGUCUGUUAAGAGUCCUCCCCGGAUCAGUGCCUGCUCGUCGUCAGUCGACCAUCGCCGGACUGAGUUUCGAAGAGCAUCGCGAGGCGUUCCGUCACAAGAGUACUUGGGAGUUAGUGCGAGCCCUGGCCGUCCUGAGGCUCUGUGCCGUGCAGCCGCUCGUCGAUAACAGCUUACAGCUGAUGCGAGGACUCGAACGUGUGGGUGGUGAAACCUGCCUUCGCUUGCUGCUUAAACGCACCCUCUACGCGCAGUUUGUGGGAGGAGAAACACCAGAUGAGCUGCGCGAGUGCAUGCAUAAAGUGACGAAUGCAGGAAUGCGCUGCAUGCUGGCCGCAACCAUGGAGGAGGACAUAGGUGAAAAAGGGUGCGAGGCGGUGUACCGGGAGAACUGUCGAAGGAUCCUGGGGGCCAUCGAUAUGUCUGCGGGAAGUCCCCCCUCCCCCAUGAUACAGCUCAAGCUCUCCGGCCUCCUACCUGCAAGAUUGCUGGUGCAGGUCGGAGAUUGCUAUUUGGCGACCGAUUGCAGGCAGAGAGUAGUCGAAGCCCUCGGCGAAGGAUUGGCGGGGAAGUCCGUGCAGAUGGGGCCUUUCGAAAAAACCUUGACCAAAGAUGACCAAGAUGCUUUGAGCAGAGCGGUGGGACGACUCAGAAGUAUAUGCCAGGCAGCUCAUCAGAAGGGCGUGAGAGUUCUAGUAGAUGCAGAAUUUACUUACCUCAAUGAAGGACUGAGCGCCCUAGCCUUAGGGGCAGCGGCUGCUUUCAACUCCAGCAUUCCGGUCGUUUGGAAUACCUACCAGUGUUAUCUCAAGGAAGCUGAUUCUCGCGUUCGCAUCGAAUUGGAGUUACUAAUGGAGCGGCUGGGUGUGUGUUUUGGAGGCAAGAUGGUUCGUGGCGCCUACAUGUUACAGGAGCGUCAACGGGCCCAACGACUGGGACUGCCCGACCCUAUCUGUGAAAGCUACGAAGCAACAAGUGAGAACUACGACAGGGUGAUGUCUUUCCUGCUGGACCGGGUGGGGCCCCGCUGCCAAUUCAUCGCGGCAACACACAACGAACGUAGCAUAAGACUCAUCAUUCAAAGAAUGGAAGCUGAGAAUUUAGAUCGUCGUUUUGUGAGCUUUGGUCAGCUGUAUGGAAUGUGUGAGCAGAUAUCUAAACCCUUGGCGGAAUGCGAAUUUUCUGUCUACAAAUCCGUCCCCUAUGGCACAUUAAGAGAGGUCUUGCCUUACCUUGCCAGGAGGGCCGUCGAGAACAAAAGCGUUCUGGAGGGGGCCCGCAAGGAGCAAUCUCUGCUCGUCAAAGAGCUCAGAACACGUCUGCGUCCUUUUGGAUGUCCCUAGCUCCAUCCCUCAACAAGAACUUUAAAAAAGAACAUCUAUUCACACCUGUCUGGCAUUGGCAAUUGCUUUACGUCAAACUGAAAUGAAGAACAAGAAAUCCUCAUUAUUAACAUUCUGAAUUCACAUCGCCUUUUAAUUAUCUAUAGGUCAAGUCGCAGUUAAUGAGAUUUCAAGAAACUACUGUUAAUAUAUAUAUUUGAAAUUAUCUUCUGGAUGAUUACAAAAUGCUGAUGCUCAUGCUGAGUUUGAUAUGUCACAUUGAAUGCUCACAUCAGUUCAGGAAAUCCAAAAUCUUUGCGAUAUCAUCGGAAUACAAUGAAGCCGAUAAAAACAAUAAUCAAUCGAAGUUUAAUAUAUUUUGAUAUUACUAGGAAAAUGCUGAUAAAUUUAGACAGUCAGCAAUUUGUUUUCGACAGUAUUCGAUUGUUGUGAAUUUGAAUUAUUUUGAACAUUAUGAUGUAUUUGUGUUACUAUCUACUAUUCUACAACAUAGAAAAUUGCAAGAAGAAACUGAAGUGAAGAUACCCUCUCUCUCCUAGGUAUUUAAAGUUUAAUUCAAUGACUGUAUCACAAGAAUAUAGGUGCAAUCUGAGGGUGAGGAUAUAAAAACAGGACUACACUAUAUUCACCGACCACGACAACCCAUCCUGUAGGAAGUCCAUUGCGUCUCAGAGUGGACAUAACUGGGCUGUACACCAUUAAUUUACCCAUCUGGGAAGAAGUAUACUGCUUAUUUAUUCUGCAAGCAACUUCUCAAGAUGCCCUAGAGGGGAAUUCCACAAUAAUACUGAAAACUCGUGUUGUUCAGCAACAAAGUUGUCUUUCUGUUUAAUCGCUCCAGAUAUAGAAUUUGUUUUCAUCUAUUGCCAUAACAGCUUUCUUAUGUUAAUUAAAAUAUAUAUUUUCUUUAAUAAUAAUGUAUUUAAUUUUAAUAUUAAAAUAAAAUGAAAAUAAUGCUUUCGUGUUUUCCCAUCACCAUGAAAUUGGAUGAUGUCAUGAAAUGAAAUAAUUUUAUAUGAGUGUUGGUUUUUUGAAAGCUCAUUCUUUACAUAUCAGCGAAAGCAGCUGCAAUUUGAACAUUCAUGAUAUAAUUUUGCAUAGUAUAAUUACAUAUAUCAGCUUUAUUGGAGAGACUUGUAAGCAUAUGGAAUUACUGUCAGAGUCAGAUUAAGCCUUCUAGGGGCCCUUAGACAAUAAAAUAUCGGAGUCCCCGUUCCCCUCUAAACUUCCACAACCAAACCCUUUUUAGCGAUUUUAAUUUCAUCUGUAUAUAGGUAAGUUCAAACAGCAAAUUUUGACAAACUGAAAUAACUAAACUCUCGUCAACAGAUCAUUUUAUAAAAAGUUGGUUUCGGCAUAUCACGUAUAAAAACUGCUUAACUAAAAUUUAAAAGCAAUUCUAAACAAAAUAGUAAAAAAAGUGAAAACUUUUCUUAACAAAUCUAAAUAAUAUCUGAUAAUUAGAUAUCGUAAUAUUAAGGAGGUAAUAUUAAUUAAUUAAGGAGGUAACUUGUUAAUACUUCAAAAUUAGUUUAAACAAUAUUUAAUUUUAAUUUAACUAUGCCCGACAUGCUUUACUACUACCUCCAUCCGAAAUGUUAAACUAUUUUCAAUGGAAUGAUCACUAAGAAUUCUCAUGUGUGUACAAUAAUUUAUAAAUAUUUACAGAUAAUAAAUAUUUACAGAUAUAAUUUACAGAUAAAUAAUCUUUCAAUAGCAAUUACCUUUAACAUUUGGGGUUCCAUUUUCUAAUGUAAAAACUGACUCGGCUUUUGUAUUUAAUUUCCCAUUUAAAGUUAGUCCCAUAAUUUUAGAAAACAUUGCAUUUGAUAAGAUAAAGAUAAAUUAAGCACUGGAGUGUAUACAUAAUUCUUGAUUUAAAUAAAUGUAUAUAAACGUUCCUCACUAGAUUUAUCAUAGUUGAAUUUCUUUUUGCUGUGAGGUUAUUUGGAAAAUGACAGAUACGAUAAUUCCGUUGACUCAGAAGAAGAUCAGAUUUCUUUUGAUGCUAAAACACUAAGGACAUUUUUUCAAAAGAAUCCGCUUUCAUGCGCCUAAGAUAUAUUAAAUAUGCGACGACUACUCUUCUCACAAAUUUGAAAACGUACAUGAAUCAAUUAAUUUUUCAUGGAAUAUUAUUUCAUUAUAAAUCAAUAUGAUUUAAAUUUUGCAAAUAGUUUAUUACAGAAGGAGUGUAUAAUACAUAGUAUAAUUAUACGUUUCUUUAAUAUUCUGUACUUUAUACACUAAAUAUAUAUACUAAAGAUGUGCACAGUAUACAGUAUAGUAAUGACUAGAUAAGAUUUUUUGAUCGUUUAAUGUAAAAUAAAAUAAAAAACAGUCAUUAAAUAAUUUAAUAAAUUCUCUUUGACCUGUGUAUUCAGUUCAUACAUUCUAUGAGGAUAAAAAAAAAAAAAAAAGUUUGUCGGAUAGUUUUCGAGAUUCCCUUGCACUGCGAAGAAACAAGUUCCUGUUCAUAGAAAUAAUGGAAAAAUGAUCUUUUUUUUCUAACCAUCAAUAUUAUUACAAGAAUAUUGAAUAAAACAUUAACUCCUUUCAGCUGAACAAACAAUUUACGUUUUUUCUGGAAUAUAAUGUUAAUGGAUAUAUUAAUCAGAAAGAGAAAAUAACAGUUAGUGCUAUGAUAAUACAUCACCUAGUUAAGAAAGAAGGUUUCAAAAGGUUUUAUAUAAAACCGUCUCCCAUUUAAUAAAAAUCAAUCAUUCUUACUAAGAUUAAUUUAAAAAAUUCAUGCUUUUAUGGAUAAUAUGCACAAUUUAUGAAAAAUGCAAAUAUAAAAUAUUCAGACCAAAAAUGAAAUAUAUAAACUUACGUAUUCUUUCUUACCAGAAAAUAUAACCAAAUUUUAUGUUAGAAUCGUCAAAAUAAAUCACUAAAUUUCUGAAAACGGAUAAUAUAAAUCAUAACUUAUAAUUCAAGAGCAAAAUAAAUUGAUUUUUUAAGAAGAUAUUGAAAAAAAAAUUAGACACACAUCAUUAAAUCUCUUCAACGAUGCAGAUUUCAUAAUUCAAAUCAUUAUAUUAUUUUGUCAUGUAGCUUCUGAGAAUUGAAAGAGAAAUCUCUCAAUUCUUCAAAAAUUAUAAUGAUUCGACUGAGCACUUAACAAAAAAAGAAAAUAUCUGUUCCAAAUUGAUAAGCUACUAAUGUCGCAAUGAAAAGUAUCAAUACAAUAGAGAUCCAUCAUUCUUUUGUGUCAAAUGGAAGAUCUCAAUCGAGAUUAAUUAUUGACAAACAUUUAAACAGCUUUCGAAAAGUUGUGAAAUGUAUACCUAUUACUUAAAAUCAAUUUUUACUCCAACAGCAAAAAAAAAAAAAAAAGAGAGAGAGAGAGAGAGGGUCAUUUGUAUUGAAUAUAAAUGGCCGAAUGAUUCUUUAAAUGUGAAUAGAGAUAGCGAAUAUUAUUCGAUUUGAAUUUUUAUAGUUUCGAUUCUGAAAAUUUAUAUAACAUGUUUCAUUUCUGAUAGUUCUAGAAAUUCUAAAAAUGUUCCAAAGAAGAAAGUUUGACCAAAUCUUUCGAAUGCAACACAUAGAAAGAAAAGCGUUUUCGGAAAUAAUGACACACGAUUCUUGGCAAAAUGAAAGAAAGGACGGAAUACCUGACCAUUCACUUCUAAGACAAUUUAGACUGAUUUUUGCAAUUCUGCGUUUUGUUGGAAUAGAUGCUCUCAAAGCUGGCAACGACUGCAAAGAACUACAUACCGCUAGAAAAGGAGUUCAAGAAAAAAGAAUUGUUCACUUCAUCAAACAUUGGCCGAUAUAUUUGGCCUUUGUUACUUUUUUCAUAAGAGCGUCUUUUCAGUUUUUGUGGGUGAUAGUCUGCUCGGAGAAGCACACUGAAAUAACUCACCUUUCUUUAGUUCUUUUAAAGAUAUUUCUUUUUGUAUCAAUUUACAGAAAACGUCAAAACAUGGUGAAAUUGAUAAUAUAUCUCGAUCGAGUAUGUAAAACAUUACCUGUCUUCGAAAUCGGUAAAAAACAUAUUCCAUAUAUUUUGUAUUUCACAUUCAUAUUAAUUUUUACAAUCAUUUUAGAAAUAUUAUUAGAUCUAAAUGAUGAAAACAUAUCUGAAAUCAAAAAGAACUAUUUAUUUUCAAAUCCUGUUUUUUCAUACUUUUUGUAUUUGAUUUAUCAAGUUUUUGGAUUACUGUAUUACUUAAUAACAAAAAUUGCUCUUAGUUUCUUCAGUUUUUAUUAUUGCAUGACAUGCAGCUUGAUCACGCUUCUUUUAAAACAUUUGUGCUAUUAUCUUAAAAGAGCUAGCUUACCUGGAGAAUUUCAAUCAUCGCUAAGUAUUUAUCUCAAAAUUGCUCGAAAUCUCCGCUUUAUGGACUCAAACUUUUGUCUGCCUAUCUUUUUGUCAGUGCUGGCAAUCAUGCUAAUGUCGUUUUCCUGUGGAUACAGAUUGGCUUUUCAAACAUAUAUGCCCAAUAAAUUUUUGAUUUAUA